AUGGCGAGUGUAAUUCUCCCCUUCCCUCGCUUCCGUAAUAAAGCCACUAACGGCUGGAUCGGCAGCAUGGGAUUCCCCGCUACAAUGUACAAGAGCGCACCGAAGCAGCUCGGCAGCAAGAACUUCGCAAGAUUGAGAAUCUUGCAGCACGAGUUCUCGAAGGCGGCAGAAGCCGUUUCCAAUGAGACUGCAGUAGACGAAAUCGCCGCCCUGAUCAAGCAUGACUUGCAGUUUUUGAUCCCUCUCCUACGGAGCUUUCCCAAGUGUUACUGGAUCUGGAAUUACCGACUAUGGCUUCUUGACGAAGCCAAACGGCGACUCCCCCUACCUCUCUCCCGUCGGCUAUGGGAAGAGGAACUAGCGCUCGUGGGGAAGAUGCUGAGCUUGGACAGUAGAAACUUCCACGGCUGGGGCUACCGGCGGUUUGUCGUGGAAUCGCUUGAGAAGCUUGACGAUGAAACGGGUACAAUCAGCAUGACCCAGUCGGAAUUUGACUACGCGAAGAAAAUGAUCGGGACGAAUCUGUCCAACUUCUCGGCGUGGCAUUAUCGCACGAAACUUAUCCAACGGUUGUUGAACGAAAAGUCUGCCGGUGACGAGGAGCGUCGAAAGAUGCUUGAUGACGAAUUGGAGCUCAUCCACCGUGCGCUCUGUGAUCCGUAUGACCAGUCAUUGUGGUUCUAUCACCAGAAUUUAAUGUGCAACUUUGACCCGACCAUCUCAGAACAGACGAUGGCACCGAAUCUGAGCACCGCGGAACGGACAGCGUAUCUACGACAGGAGAUCGAGGAGAUCCAGGAUAUGCUUGACGGGGCGGAGGACUGCAAAUAUAUCUACCAGGCGUUGAUUGAGUGCACAUUAUUACUGUCGAAGGUGGAAGGUCGUCUCGCCAGUGGUGACCAGGAGAAGGUCCUGAGCUGGCUCUCGGAACUAAAAAAGCUGGACCCGCUGCGGCACGGACGCUGGCUUGAUUUCGAACGAUCGCUGUGCGUGUAA